GAGGGAAUACGACGAUGGCGGAAUUCUGUCCAGCUGAGACCGGACACCCUCCGGACCAUCCUUACAAUACAAUUUGCAUACAGUUAUCUUUCAAGAGGGAAGUGGAUACUUUCCAGUUAACAGCCAAGUUCAUCGGCCCAUCUGGAGCAGCACAAAUCUAGGAAUUUUCCGUCUCCCCGUUUACCGUCGUAUCAAUAUCGAUUGGAAUAAUUCCUCCGUGUCUUACAUGAUACCAGGAGGUUAUCGGAGGACUGCAUAGGGGUUGAGGGAUUUUGAGUAACUGAAGCUAUUCUAUGUAUAUGCGCGUUGGUGGAUAGCCAAGCAGUACUAAAGAAGGAAACGCCCUGUUGACGCAAGGACUAGCGGGGAGAUAACUCGUUCCAGAUCUACUAAUCUACCCGGCCCAGACUAUCUCGAACUUGGCCUAGGCGCUCAUAUUAAUCUCCCCCGGAUCCUUAUAUCGCCAACUACCAGGCACAGUUCCCAUAUGCGAUCACCAGAUCUCUAUACUCACUGCACUGCCACACCAAUAUCACCAUGUCCGACGAAGAGAAACUCGAGUCUCCCCCAACCCUUAGCCCUGAGCCACUGGCACGACGAAAUUUCGUCCAGGGUUUCUCGCAGCAGCUCUCUGAGGAUAUCAAUGCAAGCGUAGGGUCCAUACCUCUACUAGCAUGUUGCUUCUCAACGGGCCUCACUGACGGUACUCUGUAUAAUGCUUAUGGUACUUUCGUAUCAAUGCAAACUGGGAAUACUGUCUUCGUCGCACUCGGCACCUCCGGACAAAACAACAAGCCUUUUGGAUGGGCUCGUUCUCUUUUCUCCAUAGGCUGUUUCACUUUAGGAUGCCUAUUCUUUUCCCGGUACCAUAAACUUAUCGGUGGCGGGCGUCGUCGAAUGACUCUCUUCUUCUCCUUCCUGCUACAGACAGUCUUCGUCGUUGUAGCUGCAACUAUCAUCCAGACCGGCAUAGUCGACGGUACAUAUCCCUCACGAAGAGAUCCAACGGAUGUGGACUUCCUUGAGCUUGCCCCCAUUGCAUUGCUUAGUUUCCAGGCCGCAGGUCAGAUUGUGAACAGCCGUGGUUUGGGGGUCAGCGAAGUUCCUACAGUGGUGAUCACAAGUCUGUUAUGCGAUUUGGUGAGCGAUGAGAAUAUUUUACAGCCGCUUACGAAGAACGUGAAGCGCAACAGAAGGGCUAUAGCUUUUGUACUCACGCUACUAGGCGCGAUAUGCGGAGGUUGGAUCUCUAAAGCUACAGGUGCCGUACAGCCAAGUCUCUGGUUUGUCGCAGCCAUCAAGGCUGCAAUUACGAUCUCCUGGUUAUUUCUAGUGGGGGAUAACAAGGAUUGAAUGAGCCCUAUACCAUCAUAGGUAGAUCAUAGAUUAGAUUUGAUAUGUCGGCUUUUACGACUAGCUGACAAUAUAGAUUGCGGUAGACAUUAGUUUUAAGACAUACGAAAUAGACUAACUAGAUAGGUUUAUAGAGGAAGAAUAUAAACUCUCGUUAACCCUGAUACCUAACUGGUAUAAAAGUCGAAUUCGGGAUAAGGCAAGCCUCAAU